AGCCCGGAAGACACUUUUUAGCCCGGAAGAAAAUUAAUGACGUAUGUGUGUAGUUCACGGUCGUAAGUCUGUCUAAGUUGAAGACGUAAUUGGGUUGUAUUUUGCGUUUUACAAGUUUAACUUCAGUGGUUAUACGAUCUUCCUAUAAAAGAUGCCUAGAGGGAGCAGAAGUCGAACAUCAAGGAUGGCUCCCCCAGCCAGCCGGCCACCGCCCAUGGCAAGAGCUCCCCCUCCUCCCCCGCCAAUGGCAAGAGCCGCACCUCCUUCAUCAAUGCCUGCCCAUGCACCUCCAUCUGCCAUGGCUCCCCCGGCCGCCAAGGAACCUGGAAUGUUUGCCCGCAUGGCAACCACGGCAGCAGGGGUGGCGGUGGGGUCGGCAGUGGGGCACACGGUUGGACACAUGAUGAUGGGAGGUGGUGGUGGUGGAGGAGGAGCAAGCUCUGAGCAAGCCAGGCCUGAUGUUACCUAUCAGGAACCUUACGCUCAAGCCCAGCCUAUGUACCAGCAGCCGCCACCUCAGUACCAGCCUCAGUACCAGCCCCAGUCGAUGUACCAACAGCCCGAGCCGAUGUACCAACAGCCCGAGCCGACAGAAAGCCCCUGCGCCUUUGAGUUGAAGCAAUUCAUCGAGUGUGCGCAGACGCAGAGCGACUUCAAGCUAUGUGAAGGCUUCAGCGAGGUUCUCAAGCAGUGCAAGUUGGGCAAUGGUUUGUCAUGAAGAUAAAACAAGAAAAUGGCCAUCGAUCCACGCACAUUAUAGAAAUCAAUCUUUCCUGCAAUGUAGUUUUACAGCAGCGGUGGAGACUGGCUUUAUUGGGGCACGAAAUAAAGGUGAUGGAACGCAAAAUAAUACAAUUUCUCACUUUACUUUUACAGCAAUUGCUGCACACUGAGAAUUGCAGGAACAUGUUUCUUUUUGUUAAUUUCUGUCGUUAAUUAAAUAUUUAUAUAUUUUGCUAUAAUGCCCUUGAUUGUGCUGUGAAAUAAAGGUUUGGCAUAGUCAUCUGAAAUAA